GAUGACUAAAGCCCUGCUGGAGAAGGAUGGCACGAACUGGCGCCAGAAGCUCCCACCAAUCCCCUCGGUCCCUGUUUCUGCCCAGAUGAGGUGGAGCAUUCCUUCUGCUGCAGCCCCCGGGGCAAACACUCCUCCUGUGACUACACCGCAGGGAGAACCAGACCAGACUGCUGCUGGGACAGAGAGAGCUCGAACUCUGAAGGAAGAAGGAAAUGAACUUGUAAAGAAAGGAAACCAUAAAAAAGCAGUUGAGAAGUAUAGUGAGAGCUUAAAGCUCAACCAGGAGUGUGCCACUUACACCAACAGAGCUCUCUGUUACCUGGCUCUGAAGCAAUACACGGAAGCAGUGCAGGACUGCACAGAAGCUCUGAGGCUGGAUCCUAAAAAUGUUAAGGCACUCUACAGACGUGCUCAAGCACUUAAAGAACUGAAGGAUUACAAAUCAAGUAUUGCUGAUAUCAAGAGCCUGUUGAAAACUGAACCAAAGAACACAGCUGCACUGAGAUUACUGCAAGAAUUGAACAGAGCCUAG